CUAGGGGAGUUGACGUCACGUGCAGCAGCAACUGCAAAACAAAAUUCUGUUUUGGCUUGUUCCAUAAUUUCAGGGCUUGUCUUACCUUUUCAUUUGUGUUUGUAAGUAAGUGUUGUCUUUUCUAAAACUUUAUUGCACUUUCCUUUUGCUGCAUAAGCUAUUCAGACUGCACAACACCGUGCAACUCAAAUAUUUCUACAAGCAAGAAUCUAUUGACAACAUGAGAGGGAGUUCGUCGUAUGGAGACCGAGAUAGAGACCGUGGACGAGACAGAGGGUAAGCAGAUAUUUUCUUCGGCAUGUGAAAUAUAUUUAUAGCCAUAUAGGAAGUAUCUGUCCAAAGUUUUUUUUAAAUAUAUGAUACGGGGGGCUAUCUUGGAAUGCUGUGUGAUGUUCGUUGAACCACAACUAUCUUGCUGAAUGUUUACGUGCACGGGCGUGUCUCAGACAGUUGCACGCGCCCGUCAACUCUAGUUGUGCAUGAUAAACAACUCUAUUUGCUUGCAACAGAGUUAUAGGCGGGGCCCCACCCCACCCAGGGAAAAUUGCACUUACUGCAAAUAGAUUAAAAUGGCCAGGGACCUAUUUAGUGUCUAUGUUGCAGUGUUACUAAUGAUAAUCAUUCAUCCUCUUUUUCAUCACUCCUCUCCCUGCCUGUCCUGUAGGCCUCGGUUUGGGUCCAGUAGCUGGGGCGGCCCUCCCCCUAUGAAGAAGUUUGGGAACCCUGGAGAACGCCUUCGCAAGAAGAAGUGGGAUCUGGACGACCUGCCUAAGUUUGAGAAGAACUUCUACAACGAGCACCCAGAGCUCCAGCGCAUGAGUCAGGUACACACACACACACACACACACACACACACACACAAUAUAUACAAAUGUUCUUAGAAGGAUGCUAUCCAUAGUGUGUCUAUUGAGCCUGUUGAUUCUCUGUUGUCUGUGUCUGCAGUAUGACAUAGAUGAGUUCUGCAGGAGAAAGGAGAUCACAGUCAGCGGCACUGGCUGCCCCAAGGCCACCACCAGCUUCCACCAGGCACAGUUUCCCCGUAAGUAGACAACAGUAGAUCCCAGUUGACACUUGUUGAACCUAUAUUAUAACCUGUUCCUUCACCUGUCAGCAGUCAUGACAGUAAAGAGAUGAGGAAAGGAAGUUGAACCCAUUUUAAAGAGUUCUUGGAACACAGCCCAAGCUUACAAAACAGUAACCCCAUAGGCUAUUGGGGAGGGGAGUGGCAAACUACGGCCCAUGGGCCACAUUAUUAUUAUUUUUAUAUUUUUUUAAACACCCCAGGCCACUCUUGAACGUCAAAUAAUAGAUACAAAGUACAGUUGAAGUCAGAAGUUUACAUACACUCUGCACGUUUCUUGUUAACAAACUAUAGUUUUGGCAAGUCGGUUAGGACAUCUACUUUGUGCAUGACACAAGUAAUUUUUCCAACAAUUGUUUACAGACAGAUUAUUUCACUUAUAAUUCACUGUAUCACAAUUCCAGUGGGUCAGAAGUUUACAUACACUAAGUUGACUGUGCCUUUAAACAGCUUGGAAAAUUCCAGAAAAUGUUGUCAUGGCUUUAGGAGCUUCUGAUAGGCUAAUUGACAUAAUUUGAGUCAAUUGGAGGUGUACCUGUGGAUGUAUUUCAAGGCCUACCUUCAAACUCAGUGCCUCUUUGCUUGACAUCAUGGGAAAAUCAAAAGAAAUCAGCCAAGACCUCAGAAAAAAGAUUGUAGACCUCCACAAGUCUGGUUAAUCCUUGGGAGCAAUUUCCAAACGCCUGAAGGUAACACGUUCAUCUGUACAAACAAUAGUACGCAAGUAUAAACACCAUGGGACCACGCAGCCGUCAUACUGCUCAGGAAGGAGACGCGUUCUGUCGCCUAGAGAUGAACGUACUUUGGUGCGAAAAGUGCAAAUCAAUCCCAGAAAAUCAGCAAAGGACCUUGUGAAGAUGCUGGAGGAAACAGGUACAAAAUUAUCUAUAUCCACAGUAAAACGAGUUCUAUAUCGACAUAACCUGAAAUGCCGCUCAGCAAGGAAGAAGCCACUGCUCCAAAACCGCCAUAAAAAAGCCAGACUACGGUUUGCAACUGCACAUGGGGACAAAGAUCGUACUUUUUGGAGAAAUGUCCUCUGGUCUGAUGAAACAAAAAUAUAACUGUUUGGCCAUAAUGACCAUCGUUAUGUUUGGAGGAAAAAGGGGGUUGCUUGCAAGCCGAAGAACACCAUCCCAACCAUGAAGCACGGUGGUGGCAGCAUCAUGCUGUGGGGGUGCUUUGCUGCAGGAGGGACUGGUGCACUUCACAAAAUAGAUGGCAUCAUGAGGAAGGAAGAUUAUGUGGAUAUAUUGAAGCAACAUCUCAAGACAUCAGUCAGGAAGUUGAAGCUUGGUCGCAAAUGGGUCUUCCAAAUGGACAAUGACCCCAAGCAUACUUCCAAAGUUGUGGCAAAAUGGCUUAAGGACAACAAAGUCAAGGUAUUUGAGUGGCCAUCACAAAGCCCUGACCUCAAUCCUAUGGAACAUUUGUGGGCAGAACUGAAAAAGCGUGUGCGAGCAAGGAGGCCUACAAACCUGACUCAGUUACACCAGCUCUGUCAGGAGGAAUGGGCCAAAAUUCACCCAACUUAUUGUGGGAAGCUUGUGGAAGGCUGCCCGAAACGUUUGACCCAGGUUAAACAAUUUAAAAGCAAUGCUUCCAAAUACUAAUUGAGUGUAUGUAAACUUCUGACCCACUGGGAAUGUGAUGAAAGAAAUAAAAGCUGAAAUAAAUAAUUCUCUCUACUGUUAUUCUGACAUUUCACAUUCUUUAAAUAAAGUGGUGAUCCUAACUGACCUAAGACAUGGAAUCUUUACUAGGAUUAAAUGUCAGGAAUUGUGAAAAACAGAGUGUAAAUGUAUUUGGCUAAGGUGUAUGUUAACAUCAACUGUAUGUAGAAAUUCUAAUGGCCUGCAAAUUGAUUUGGACAAAAAUCUGUCAAAAAGAAAUCUGUGCGGCCUUCCGUUGAAUUUCUAAAUCCCGAUGCGGCCCUCGAGCCAAAAAGUUUGCCCACCCCUGGGCUAUAGCUAACUGUUCCUUUAAUUGUUUGUCUUUGCUCUGACAGAGUAUGUGAUGGAUGUGCUACUGAGUCAGAACUUCAAGGAGCCCACAUCCAUCCAGGCACAGGGCUUCCCUCUGGCCCUGAGUGGAAGGGACAUGGUGGGCAUCGCUCAGACCGGCUCCGGCAAGACCCUGGCAGUAAGGACGCCAUGAUAAUCCAACAACACACACAGUACCGACAACUGCAACAUCUGUCUUUCUUUCUGUCACACACACACACACACACACACACACACACACACACACACACACACACACACACACACACACACACACACACACACACACACACACACACACACACACAAGCACAAGCACAAGCACCAACACCAACAGCUGCAGUACAAAAACACAUAAACUCCCAGAGGAACAUUGACAGCUGCAACACACAAAGACAUAUUGACACAUGAGGACUAAUGUCCCUGGAUUGUCAGACUGGUACAUAUACCUCAUGACCUCAUUGUACUAUUUGGCGCCUUUUCUUGCAGUAUCUGCUUCCUGCCAUUGUGCACAUCAACCAUCAGCCCUAUCUAGAGAGGGGAGACGGACCUAUUGUGAGUACACAUCUGGAAACUGCACACUGUUGCUUAUUCAUAUAUUUCAGGUCUGUGAGACCAGCCUGUUUUGACCCUUUUCUAUAGUGUACUUAACUUCUCUGCUGUACUUAGACCUACCUAUGGUAUGCUGUAGCUAUAUACAGUGGCUUGCGAAAGUAUUCACCCCCCUUGGCAUUCUUCCUAUUUUGUUGCCUUACAACCUGGAAUUAAAAUUGAUUUUUUGGGGGUUUGUAUCAUUUAAUUUACACAACAUGCCUACCUUUGAAGAUGCAAAAUAUUUUUUCUUAUGAAACAAACAAGAAAUAAGACAAAAAAACUAACUAUUCACCCCCCCCAAAGUCAAUACUUUGUAGAGCCACCUUUUGCAGCAAUUACAGCUGCAAGUCUCUUGGGGGUAUAUCUCACUGGCUAUCAUAAGGUGAAUGCACCAAUUUGUAAGUCGCUCUGGAUAAGAGCGUCUGCUAAAUGACGUAAAUGUAAUGUAAAUGUAUGUCUCUAUAAGCUUGGCACAUCUAGGCACCGGGAUUUUUGCCCAUUCUUCAAGGCAAAACGUUUACAUUUACAUUUUUAGUCAUUUAGCAGACGCUCUUAUCCAGAGCGACUUACAGUUAGUGAGUGCAUACAUUUUCAUACUGUCCCCCCGUGGGAAACGAACCCACAACCCUGGUGUUGCAAGCACCAUGCUCUACCAACUGAGCUACAUGGGGCCCCACAGAAUGAUGCUGCCACCACCAUGCUUCACUGUGGGGAUGGUGUUCUCAGGGUGAUGAGAGGUGUUGGGUUUGCGCCAGACAUAGCGUUUUCCUUGAUGGCCAAAAAGCUCAAUUUUAGUCUAAUCUGUCCAGAGUACUUUCUUCCAUAUGUUUGGGGAGUCUCCCACAUGGCUUUUGGCGAACACCAAACGUGUUUGCUUAUUUUUUUCUUUAAGCAAUGGCUUUUUUCUGGCCACUCUUCUGUAAAGCCGAGCUCUGUGGAGUGUACGGCUUAAAGUGGUCCUAUGGACAGAUACUCCAAUCUCCGCUGUGGAGCUUUGCAGCUCCUUCAGGGUUAUCUUUGGUCUCUUUGUUGCCUCUCUGAUUAUUGCCCUCCUUGCCUGGUCUGUGAGUUUUGGUGGGCGGCCCUCUCUUGGCAGGUUUGUUGUGGUGCCAUAUUCUUUCCAUUUUUUAAUAAUGGAUUUAAUGGUGCUCAGUGGGAUGUUCAAAGUUUUGGAUAUUUCUUUAUAACCCAACCCUGAUCUGUACUUCUCCACAACUUUGUCCCUGAUGUGUUUGGAGAGCUCCUUGGUCUUCGUGGUGCCCCUUGCUUAGUGGUGUUGCAGACUCUGGGGCCUUUCAGAACAGGUGUAUAUAUACUGAGAUCAUGUGACAGAUCAUGUGACACUUAGAUUGCACACAGGUGGACUUUAUUUAACUAAUUAUGUGACUUCUGAAGGUAAUUAGUUGCACCACAUCUUAUUUAGGGGCUUCAUAGCAAAGGGGGUGAAUACAUAUGCACGCACCACUUUUCCUUUAUUUAUUUCUUAUAAUUUUUUGAAACAAGUAAUUUUUUUUCAUUUCACUUCACCAGCUUGGACUAUUUUGUGUAUGUCCAUUACAUGAAAUCCAAAUAAAAAUCUAUUUAAAUUACAGGUUGUAAUGCAACAAAAUAGGAAAAACGCCAAGGGGGAUGUAUACUUUUGCAAGGCACUGUAUCAUGUGUUAUUAAAGGUUCUAUCUAUUGAUCUCUCUCUCUCUCCUCAGUGCCUGGUCCUGGCCCCGACCAGAGAGUUGGCCCAGCAGGUGCAGCAGGUGGCUCAUGAUUAUGGCAAGACCUCCCGCAUCAAGAGUACCUGUGUCUACGGAGGCGCACCGAAGGGACCGCAGAUACGUGACCUGGAGAGAGGUGAGGAGCUGCAGGUUGAAUUAAAUGCUGCUACAAGUUACUUACUUACUUAUAUUGUUUGUGCCUACUAGAGACAAGACCUCUCCACUUCUGAUGAUCUAAAACCUGAUUGGCACCCCAGCUUAGCUUAAUUUCCUGCACUUCCCCUUCAGUUACUAGUAUUCAAGAUUGAAAAAGUUGCAAGUAUUGGAAGUAAUCUCACAAUUGGUCUCUUCUGACGCGUUUGCGUGUAUUUUGAAACUGUGACACUUUGCGUCCUAUGUCCAUACAGGUACAGAGAUCUGCAUUGCCACCCCGGGGCGUCUCAUAGACUUCCUGGAGGCAGGGAAGACCAACCUGCGGCGCUGCACCUACCUGGUGCUGGACGAGGCUGACCGCAUGCUGGACAUGGGCUUCGAACCACAGAUACGCAAGAUCGUGGACCAGAUCAGGGUAAGCCAGACACAUGCCAUACUUAGCAAACCGCACACACUUCUCCUGGCAUUAGGCAAUUAUUAUAACAGUGUAAUACAUAGCCAUUCAUGGAUGGUUGGAUAAGUAGAUGGAUACUACAGAGGGAGGUAGAUCAUCAUCUGUCUGUCUGUCUGUCUGUCUGUCUGUCUGUCUGUCUGUCUGUCUGUCUGUCUGUCUGUCUGUCUGUCUGUCUGUCUGUCUGUCUGUCUGUCUGUCUGUCUGUCUGUCUGUCUGUCUGUCUGUCUGUCUGUCUGUCUGUCUGUCUGUCUGUCUGCAUGUACUAUCUAUCUAUCUAUCUAUCUAGAUUCAUGACAGUUGAUAUAAUAUUCAUCCAUCAUAAAUAACUAAAUACUCAUGUUAUAGAAUAGAAUAAUAGUGUAUUGUCCUCUGAGGAGGAAUAUCCCCAUUACCAUUCUCUCCCUGUGCCCCAGCCGGACCGCCAGACUCUGAUGUGGAGUGCCACCUGGCCCAAGGACGUGCGUAAACUGGCAGAGGACUUCCUGCGGGAUUAUGUCCAGAUCAACGUAGGAGCUCUGGAGCUCAGCGCCAACCACAACAUCCUGCAGAUAGUAGACGUCUGCAUGGAGAAUGAGAAGGACAACAAGUUAGUGAGGCCAUCAGCCAAUGGACAAGACCAAUCUCUAGUUUUGCGUUCUGUUCAUGUCUCCUUUCCUUAAUCAUCACUGAUCUGGAAGGGAUUAACCCAAUGUAGUUUAAAAGUAUUCAGUCUUUUGAUCUAUUGUUGGUUAUGAAGGACAGGAACAGAGUGCAGGACGCUAUGUUUUUGUAACGUGAGAGAAUAUCAGUCCUGGGAUUGCGGUGAUGAGGGAUGUUUUCCUAAUAUCUUUCCUCUGUCUUUUUGUUGAUGUCAGGCUGCUCCAGCUGAUGGAAGAGAUCAUGGCAGAGAAGGAGAACAAGACCAUCAUCUUUGUGGAGACAAAGAAGCGCUGUGACGAGCUCACCCGCAGGAUGAGAAGAGAUGGGUGAGACAGAGAGAGAGAUGGAGGGAAAGCACAGUCUGCAGAAAUGGGUUUAAAGUCCUCUUUCAAAGCCACAGUACUGACUAUGCAAAACAAGAGUCAGGUUUUGGUUUCAUAUGGAGUGUGUUGGGCUACUUAGUCAGAUAAGAGUGUAACGAAACCGUCUAACUGUUUUUUAUCACGUCCUGUUCUCCUGUCUCAUGGCAACAUUGUUGUGGUGUGUUUUCUAGGUGGCCAGCCAUGUGUAUCCAUGGAGACAAGAGCCAGCCAGAGAGAGACUGGGUUCUGACAGGUAGGUCACAUUUCAACAGCCAUGUUUACGUUUGGAUGCUCCGCUUUGGUGCAAUGUGUUUCACUAUGUUUUUUAUGUUAUGUUUGAUGUUUUCUGCUUUUUCUUCAGUUUUGUUUCCUUUUUCAGUCUUCCGCUUGACAUCUUCUUUGAUUUUGUCUGAACUUUCAGAAUUCCGUAGCGGCAAAGCUCCUAUCCUCAUCGCCACUGAUGUGGCAUCUCGUGGUCUGGGUAUGUCUUCUCAACAUUGAAUACACACACACACACUCACGUAUGCACACUUACACUCCUACAGAGCUCAACAUACAGAUUCGAAAUGCACAGUUGUGGUCAAAAGUUUUGAGAAUGACACAAGUAUUGGUCUUCACAAAGUUCGCUGCUUCAGUGUUAUGAGAUAUUUUUGUCAGAUGUUACUAUGGUAUACUGAAGUAUAAUUACAAGCAUUCCAUAAGUGUCAAAGGCUUUUAUUGACAAUUACAUUAAGUUUAUGCAAAGAGUCAAUAUUUGCAGUGUUGACCCUUCUUUUUCAAGACCUCUGCAAUCCGGCAUGAUGACAAUUAACUUCUGGGCCACAUCCUUACUGAUGGCAGCCCAUUCUUGCAUAAUCAAUGCUUGGAGUUUGUCAGAAUUUGUGGGUUUUUGUUUGUCCACCCGCCUCUUGAGGAUUGAUCACAAGUUCUCAAUGGGAUUAAGGUCUGGGGAGUUUCCUGGCCAUGGACCCAAAAUGUCGAUGUUUUGUUCCCAGAGCCACUUAGUUAUCACUUUUGCCUUAUGGCAAGGAGCGCCAUCAUGCUGGAAAAGGCAUUGUUCAUCACCAAACUGUUCUUGGAUGGUUGGGAGAAGUUGCUCUCGGAGGAUGUGUUGGUACCAUUCUUUAUUCAUGGCUGUGUUCUUAGGCAAAAUUGUGAGUGAGCCCACUCCCUUGGCUGAGAAGCAACCCCACACAUGAAUGGUCUUAGGAUGCUUUACUGUUGGCAUGACACAGGACUGAUGGUAGCGCUCACCUUGUCUUCUCCGGACAAGGUGUUUUCCGGAUGCCCCAAACAAUCGGAAAGGGGAUUCAUCAGAGAAAAUGACUUUACCCCAGUCCUCAGCAGUCCAAUCCCUGUACCUUUUGCAGAAUAUCAGUCUGUCCCUGAUGUUUUUCCUGGAGAGGUGGCUUCUUUGCUGCCCUUCUUGACACCAGGACAUCCUCCAAAAGUCUUCGCCUCACUGUGCGUGCAGAUGCACUCACACCUGCCUGCUGCCAAUCCUGAGCAAGCUCUGCACUGGUGGUGCCCCGAUCCCGCAGCUGAAUCAACUUUAGGAGACGGUCCUGGCGCUUGCUGGACUUUCUUGGGCGCCCUGACGCCUUCUUCACAUCAAUUGAACCUCUCUCCUUGAAGUUCUUGAUGAUCCGAUAAAUGGUUGAUUUAGGUGCAAUCUUACUAGCAGCAAUAUCCUUGCCUGUGAAGCCCUUUUUGUGCAAAGCAAUGAUGACGGCACGUGUUUCCUUGCAGGUAACCAUGGUUAACAGAGGAAGAACAAUGAUUUCAAGCACCACCCUCCUUUUAAAGCUUCCAGUCUGUUAUUCUAACUCAAUCAGCAUGACAGAAUGAUCUCCAGCCUUGUCCUCGUCAACACUCUCACCUGUGUUAACGAGAGAAUCACUGACAUGAUGGCAGCUGGUCCUUUUACGGCAGGGCUGAAAUGCAGUGGAAAUGUUUUUUGGGGAUUAAGUUCAUUUUCAUGGCACAGAGGGACUUUGCAAUUAAUUGCAAUUCAUCUGAUCACUCUUCAUGACAUUCUGGAGUAUAUGCAAAUUGCCAUCAUCAAAACUGAGGCAGCAGACUUUGUGAAAAUUAGUAUUUGUGUCAUUCUCAAAACUUUUGACCACGACUGUAUACACACUCUCCAACACACAGAAACAAAACAUUUUCAGAGAAAAAUAUACACAAAUGUAAUAAAUGUGAUUUUUAUUGUUGUCUAAUAUCCCAUCCCCUUUUCCAGGUUUAAAAGUAUACAUUUGUCUGCAAACAUGUAAUAGCGGUGUAAUUUAACCUGUAAACAACAACGAAAAAUCAAUCAGCACUCUUUCUACAGCAUGACUUCUGUAAAUUACUUUUUAAACAAAAGUAUAACCAUCAGUAGCCUCACAAUCCCCCAGGCCUUCAACUCCACAAUGUUUUACAGUCUGUUUCUUGUUACUGCAGUCCAAAGCUUCCUUCGACCGGGGCUCUCUGGCACGCUGCCUGAAUGGGGGUGUGAUGGGGGGGCAGAUGUCCCCAUGCUCGCCCCAAUACCCUCCUCUCAUGUCUCCUUUAUGAUGUAACCCAAAACAUGAAGGAAAACAACCCAAAUAUUCAGUAUUAUAUGUUUGAUUAUUCCUCAAGAUAUGUUUACGUCAUUCAUUGUACUGUAGUAUUUUUUGCUACAGGUAUUGUCUAGGUAGGGCGUGUUUUAGGGCUAUCUAUAAGUGAAAUCAACGGUCAGUUCUCCCCAUAUCCACACUGAAACUUGUACAGUAGUGCCCUAUUCCACCUCCCUGAAUAAAUAGGUUAAACCUGGAACUGAGAAGGGGAAGUAGACAUGUUGGAUUUGCCAAGCUACCAAUGACUGUAUCUUUGUUCUUUUUCUCUCCCCCCUCAGGGUUGUGCAGCACAAGGCAGCUCCAGCACAUGCUGGUGUCAAACAGUACUGGGGCUGUCCUCAGUCACGUUAGCAGCUAGCUAGUGGCUUGGCUAGUUAUCAGAAGGAUACAUCCUCCCCCGUUCUCCACCUUCUCUGGUUCCUAAACACCUCCAAAUAGACCUCCACAAUAGACUGAGGGUAUAUGAUUAUCUGGUUCCUAAACACCCCCAUAGAUCCCCAUCAUAGACUGAGGGUAUAUGAUUCAGGCGAGCUCUCCUUGGGAUCAACCUGAGGUGCCUGUCUGUCCCGUCCAAAAGGCAGACAGACAGGGAGAGGUAGGAGCUCGGCUGGAUCGAGUCCUGACCGGUUUGAGGAGGUCCUGCAACUCGGCGAGAGAGCAACAGAACCGGCCGUUGGGGGGUUAACGGUUCUGCUCCCGUCCGAAGUUGCUGGUGUAUGCGAAGGGUGAGGGGGAAACGGGGGGCUAGUUUGGGCCCCCUCCUCUCUCCCUCCCCCCCAGCGCCUCCAAGCGAACCAGGGCUGAUCAGGACAGGACAGGGGGUGACUGGCUACCUUUGUAAAACAACUCUAAAGGGGUAAGUACCUCAACACCCCCUUUCCUACCACUUCUUCCACGACCUCCCCAGUCGCAACAACUCAUUCAGGUAGUUUCAUCGAUCUAUAUUGAAAUCAGUCACAGAAAGGUAUUUGUUGAAGGAAUUGUGUUGAACUCUGUCCUUCAACAUUUACUCCAUCACAUUUUCUCUUGGUGGAAACAUAUUGUUGUUUGGCAGGUUCUGUGAGUAGUAAAAUGGCUUCCCUCUGUUACCAUGGAAAACACAAGGAAAGGGUCCAAGGAGACAUUUUGUUUUCGGACCCACCCAGCAGUGUUGUCAGAGCUUCUGUAAUGAGAAACAGACUUAUUUGUCCUUCUACUGUCAUUUGAACAUCCGAAUUUAAAAGAAAGAUUGGAAACACUUUUUACUCUUCCGGUCUGAUCGUGUUGACAGUAUACUGUCACCAUUUCCUCAUACUCAUACCAUUUCUCAGCAUAGAACAUGUUACCAUGGUAGAACUAAAUGUUCUGAAUGAUAGUUACACUAUUAUGUACGAUUACAUAAACUGUGAAUUGGUGAAGGUCCAGACAGAGAAAAUGUCACAUCAUCAACUCUACUGAAGCCCUGCUAAUGCUGUAUAAGUGGCACUCUCUUGUCACAUUCUUAUGGGGUUUACCACUAACCCUCUAGGCCUCUCCGGUCAAGAUAUUUUGACCCAAAGCUGAAAAACGUUCAUAGGUUUACUUCAAGAAUUAAAACUUUUAUUCUACUUCAGUUUGGAUAAAUGUAUAUUUCCUCUUAUGUUAUUAUUGGAGAGGUAAGUGGUAAUCAAUAUUUAUAAAAUAUUAAUCUGAAAUAGUAUUCUAAAUAAUCAAACACUUUUCUCUCAUAGCUUUUGCAUUGUUUGAAUACCAUCUGUCUUCUUUCUCACCAUACAAAAAUCCCUCAAACCCACAUCUCUCCCUCCUCACCCUCCUCUCUCAUCCUCCUCUCUCACCCACCUCUCCCUCCUCACCCUCCUCUCUCAUCCUACUCUCUCACCUCUCCCUCCUCACCCUCCUCUCUCACCUCACCCUCCUCUCUCACCUCUCCCUCCUCACCCUCCUCUCUCACCUCUCCCUCCUCACCCAUUCUCUCACGCUCCUCUCUCACCCUCCUCUCUCACCUCACCCUCCUCUCUCACCUCUCCCUCCUCACCCAUUCUCUCACGCUCCUCUCUCACCCUCCUCUCCCUUCUCUCCCUCCUCUCUCACCUCACCCUCCUCUCCCACCUCUCCCUUCUCUCCCUCCUUUCUCUCCCUCCUCUCUCAUCUCUCCCUCCUCACCUUCCUCUCCCACCUCUCAAAACCACUUUCCCCCAAAGACGUGGAGGAUAUCAAGUUUGUCAUCAACUACGACUUCCCCAACUCGUCUGAGGACUACGUGCACAGGAUCGGCCGUACGGCCCGCAGCACCAACAAGGGCACGGCCUACACCUUCUUCACCCCGGGGAACCUGCGCCAGGCCAGGGACCUGGUCCGAGUCCUGGAGGAGGCCCGGCAGGCCAUCAAUCCCAAACUGCUGCAGCUGGUUAACUCUGGACAUGGGGGAGGAGGGGGUGAGACUGGCUUGAUUACACCUUUGCUUGAUUCACACUAUAGGGCCAACCCGAACUAUACUAUGCUGGCUCAGAUUUUGAGGAAGGGGUGAGAGUGAUUUCUAGACCACAGUUUUUAAUUCUAUUCUAUCACCUUUACCAUGUCAAAUCCAAACAUAAGCCACAUGUUCUGUGUAACCAGUGAUGUUUGACAUUCUUAUACUAAAAUGUUUCAGUUUAUAUUAUAUGACAUUCUAAUCCUCCUAUGUGAAUGUUCUUCUCCAGGUGGCAGAAUGCGUUACCGUGGCAGUGGCUCCAGCGCCAACAACCCCAACAUGAUGUUCCAGGACGUGUGUGAGCGUCGCAUGCGCUCCGACGGCGGGGGCAACAAGCCACACAGCCGCGGCAGCAGCUUUAGCCGGGGCGGGCGCAGUGGAGGGGGUCGGGACGGAGACACUAGGUCCUCGUCCUCUUCCUCCUACAGGGACCGAAGCAGGGACAGCCGGGGGGGUUACGGCUCCGGGGGGGCCGACCAGUACCAGAGCUAUGGUGGUGGUGGAGGUGGAGGUACCCAGUACAGCUCCAGGGCUGGGGUGGCAGCUAACGGGGCCCCUGGGGGUAGUAGUGGUGGGGGCCAGAAUCAGUCCAGUCAGCCCCAGGGUGUGUUCGGUCCAGCCCCUCCACCUCCAGCAGGGCCCAAGCCCCUCAUGGCCCAGCUGAUGGCCCCGCCACAGCCCCCUCUCAUGGGCUUCAUAGGGAAGCCUCCGUACCCCUUUGCUCCCCCGCCUCCUCCUACACCCAGGAAAUAG